AUGUCGACGCUCAACCUCACGGGUCACCCCGACCCUCAGCUGCGCACGGAUCCGCUCUUGCUGCAGGCACUCGAGUCCUACGUCGAGCCCAUCAAGAGCGCGCUCGCUCAGCAGGGCGUCGAUGCCAGCGCCAUCCCUUCGAAAUCCGGGUUGCUCUCCGCGUCCGACCUCGCAGACCUCUCCUACGAAUUGCAGGCCUUCCAGGAGGAGUCGCUCGGUGUCAACGCGCCUCGUCCCGCCGACCCUUCCGCAUCCACGACACAAGCGCGACACCCCGUCCGCAUCCCCGCAGAGCUCUUCCUUCCGACUUCAUCCCAGCAGAGCACCUCGACCGUCGCGCCCGAGUCCAGCCAUCUUCGUCUGCUGCUGCAGGAGGCGCUUGCAUAUCUCGCAACCAAGGGCAAAACCACCUGGAACUUCUCUGAUCCCACCCAAAAGGCCGACAACGUUCAGCUCGUCGCACACGUCCGUCAGCAGCUGUCCCAAGCAGGAGCUUUGGAGCGCCCAAUCAUUGCAGCUUCGCCAUCCAUCACCGAGGCAGAGGCAUCCUCACUCAAGCAGAUGGCCGAACAGCUCGAGUGCAAGUGGUCCGAUGAUGUUGCGUCCGCAUCUCAUGUUCUCUACCCUUCCGAGGUCACACCCCCGUCCUCACCCAAGGUCGGCGAGUCUUCAUCCAGCUCGGAAGAGUACUUCAGGACCAUCGCAUCGAGAUCAGGCCGUGCUCUCAUCCACGUCUGGUACCGACCCGACUCGUAUGACACCUGGCUGCCUGCUGCCGACUUUGCUGAUCCCGACCCGGCGCCCGAGAAGCGUCUGCCCUGGAAGUUGGGCGCCAAGUGGCUGCGUGACAGUGUUCGAUUCAACGAGCUCAUGAACGCAGAAGACUACGAGCAGGAAGAUGCGCUCGAGGCUGCCACUGAUGCUGCUGACGCGGAAGGUGUUUCUGCUGUUGCUGGCAAGGGUAAGAAGCGCGGGCUGCCUGAGGAGAUCGCUGACGCUUCUUCGGCUUCGGCUGCUGCAGAGUCGAUGGGCAAGCGAAUCAAGCUGCUUGUCGCUGCUCGUCCCGUCGGUGCCAUCCCCAUCGACCUUUCGGGCGCGCAGCCUAUCCCCGGCAAAAAGUACGAAAACGAGCCUGUGCCCAGCGGUGUGCUUGGCAACCUGCCGCCCGAGUCAGCCGGUCCGACCAAGCUCGAGGGCGAACAGCCCACCGUCAGGCCAGCUGGCGACGCCGAUGCUACCAUGGCUGAUGCUGCUGUCGAGGAGCCCACCGAAGCCACUGCGGAUGCCAACGCACCUGUCAUCCAGCCCGAUGCAGCCGCUGUCGAACAGCAGCGCAUCCGUGCUGAGGAGAUCGCCAAAAAGUACCUCGCUUCGCAGACGCAAGAAGUCAUCAUCCCAUCCUACUCGACGUGGUUCGACAUGUCGACCAUCAACGCCAUCGAGAAGCGAUCGUUGCCCGAAUUCUUCAACCACAAGAACCGCAGCAAGACGCCGAGCAUCUACAAGGACUACCGUGACUUCAUGAUCAACACGUACCGCCUCAACCCGAGCGAGUACCUCACCUUCACCGCUUGCCGAAGGAACUUGGCCGGAGAUGUGUGCGCUAUCAUGAGGGUGCAUGCGUUCCUCGAGCAGUGGGGCCUCAUCAACUACCAGAUCGACCCCGAGACUCGACCGGCUACGCUGGGUCCCCCCUUUACGGGCCACUUCCGUGUGCUCGUCGACACGCCUCGUGGUCUGCAGCCGCUUCACCCCGGCGCUCGCGUCAACUUGACCACCUCGGCUACGGCUGACAACCCCGCUGCCGCCGCCACCGCCGGCGGUGCAGCUGGCGCCGACAAGCCCGACAUGAACCUCGAGCUGCGCAAGACCAUCUUCCAGUCGACCAUGAAGGGCUCCAAGCCCAUCGACCUCGCUGAGGCCAACUCGCUCGCCGCUCAAGCCGACGCCGCCGUGGCCGGUGGUGCCGGCGGUGCGCCCCGCUACACGUGCGACACGUGCGGCACCGACUGCACCCGUGUGCGCUACCACAGCAUCAAGGCCAAGAACUACUCCCUCUGCCCCUCGUGCUACCUCGAGGGUCGCUUCCCCAGCUCCAUGUACUCUGGCGACUUUGUCCGCAUGGAGGACUCCAUCCUCAAACAGACCGGUGGCGUCACUGGCGGCGCCUCUGGCGCACAGGACGACUGGACGGACGCCGAAACUCUCCGUCUGCUUGAAGGCCUCGAGAUGUUCGACGACGACUGGUCGGCCGUUUCUAACCACGUCGGCACGCGAAGCCGCGAGCAGUGCAUCACCAAGUUCAUCCAGCUUCCCAUCGAAGACAACUUCCUCGACGGAGCGUCGCAGGCGGAUUUGGGACCGUUGCAGUACGCCCGGCGCGAUCAGGUGGACAAGCUCGGCAAGCCUAUCGUCCCCUUCGCUCAGGCGGACAACCCGGUGAUGAGCGUGGUGGCGUUCCUGGCUAGCGCGGUCAACCCGGCGGUCGCAGCGGCGGCGGCGCAGAGCGCGCUUGGUGAGUUGACGGACAACCUGCGCAAGCGACAGGAGAAGAGUGGCGAUGCUGCUGCUGCCGGCACCGAGAACGGCGAUGCGACGCACACCAACGGGGACGCUAUGGAUGUCGAUGGCGAUGCUGCCAAGACGACCGAUUCGGCUGUGGCCAAGAAGGGUGCGGUUCCACGCAACGCCGUCGAGCGGGCGGCAGCCAUCGCGCUCGGCGCGGCCGCCGCCAAAGCGCACGUCCUCGCCUCGUUCGAAGAGCGCGAGUGUCAGCGUCUCGUCGGCCAAGUCAUCGAGGCGCAACUGCGCAAGCUCGAACUCAAAAUGUCGCAGUUUGAAGAGCUCGAGUCGCUGCUCGAGGCGGAACGCCGGUCGGUGGAAGCAGGACGCAGACAGCUGUACGCCGACCGGUUGGCGGUGCAGAAGCAGCUGGCGCUGGUCAAUGAGUUGUUGGCCAAGGCGGCAAGGGCACCGGAGAAGGUGAGUGGACAGGAGGUGGUGCAGGCUAGUAGUGCGGCGAACGGGUUAAGCCAGCAAGGUCCCGUGGUGAGGGAGGCCAACGUUGGCGCCGGGAUGCAGCCGACCGGGGGCAACUUUGCCCAGAUCGGUUGA